UUAAGUAGUUUCUUAUUACCUUUGAUUACGAGGACAGAAAAUGGAUACUUCACAUUGCCGUUAUCGAGGCUUCAUCUUGCUUCUAGUUUUAUUUUAUUCACAUGUAUUUGAUUUAGCUUCAAAUAUAGGUAUUUCUGGUGAUGUAAGAGGCAUCAAAACCGACAAUAAUUGCAAACAUUUUCUCUCUAAUUACAGUCAACAUGGCAAGGAAUAUAUUGUGUGUGGUGAGCAAGUGUGGAAAAUUGCAAAGAUCAAUUUCGCCGAUUAUGGAAAUCCUAUUGGUGAGUGUGAAGACUUUAGACGCGACAAGGCAGGCGCACCAGCUACCUUGAGUCUCGUCAAACAUGUUAGCAAAAUUAACGAACAUUAAAAAUGUGUUGUGGAUUAGUGAACAAUAAAUAUCUAAAUGAGUCUUAUUGUUUUUUCUUUAUAAUGAAUCUUUUGUGAAGUUUUAUUUGUGCACAUUGCCAGUUUAGUCUCAAUCGGUGCUUAAAGCGUAUCGGAAAAAUAAUGCCUCUUAAUGUAAUUAAUUUUAAAUUAUAUUUUAAAAUAUAAUUAUAAUUUACUUUUGUCAAAAUAUAAAAUUAAGAAAACUUCUUUACUUUUCCUUGCAAAACCGUUAAUCAAAUUUUCGUUCUAAAGAACCGUUGAUCAACUUGGAACAACCAAAUGUUUUAUACAUUUUGCUCAAUUAAUAUUAUCGACAGCCCAUUUAUUUUCAUGAAAUAUAAUCAAACGAAAAUAGUUUUUUAGCUUCAGUUUUAAAAAUCUUGAAAAUAAAACAAAUAUUGUUACUAAUGUGUGAUAAAUAAGUGUUUGGAUAACAACCAUCUAUUUUUUAGAAAUUAUAACAUCUCAACCUUUUUUAUUAUUCUUUUUUUAAAAUAUUACUCAUAUACUAAAAUUCCAUAAAUGUGUAAAUAUAUGUUUCUAGGUAUAGUGAAGAAUAACUAUAAUUUACUCAAAUCAGACUAAUAUUAAAUUCAAUUUAUAAAAUUUUAUUGAAUUAUUUUGAGAGCAUUAUCUAAUUUAUAAUAAUUUAUGUUUAUUUACAUUUCUAAAUUUCUAAAAGAGAUUAGAACAAUUACCAAAAAAACAGUACACAUAAAACUUAUAUGGCAUUGGGAAUGCAUCAAUUCCUCAGUCAAACAAAUAUUUCGGUAGGGCAAAUUUGUUUUGUUAGAAGUAAAUAAUUAGGUUUUUAUGUAAUAUUUUUAUAAUUGUAUUUUAUAUAUAUAAUCAAAAGAAACUGUUUCUAUUAUCUCAGAAAGAAAUCGUAUCAUUAUCAAAGUACCAUCACAUUUGUUAUUAUUGUAAAAAGGAAGAUGUAAGGGAAAAACGAAAGCUGGAUUUGAAGCCUUGAACUGAAGAACAAUAGAGUUCUUAGAACAUGAUUAAUCCGAGGUUCUUAUGAUGGAGUUCUUAGCGGAAGUUAGGAAACUGUUUCUUAACUUUUAACUAAAAAAGUUAAGAACCGGUUCUUAUAUAAGUACUUUAAGAAACCAGUUCUUAGUCUUUUAAUUGUUUCUUAACUUCCAAUAAGAACUCCACUCUAAGAACUCCGGGUUAAUCAUGGUCUUAAUCAUUCAAUAAGAAGGGCUAUUGGUUGUUUGGCACCUUUCAAUUUUAAUAAACGCUGGCGCCAAAACUCGAUGCUUUAUAAGGCAGGUUUUGUAAUUGUAUAGAAUUGUCUUGGAUAAACAAGUGUGCAGUUUCUCUCAACUAUAAAGGCUCGCCGCAUUUAUCAUUGAUGAUGUAAAGGUUUCUCUUAGCAAGAGUUCUCUGAGAAUUUAGAUCUUCUAACCAAACCAUUUGAAGCAUUGUUCUCUCAAAAGGAUAAAAGUACUAAAGACAAUAGUAGAACAGCAGAACACCAAGUAAUGAUGUCAGAAUUAGAUUUUUUGGAAUGUUGGAGAUGGAUUUCAUCCCUUGACAGGGUCCAUCAAGUAAUCGAGCUCGGCCUACUUUAAUCCAAAAGGUGGUCUAAAGUUAUGCAGACUUGGAGAAAAUGAAAGAAGAUUGGCUAUAUAAAGAGAGGCUGAAGACUAAGAAAAGGCAUUCACAAACUUAUAGAUUUUUCGG